GCAACACUGCUACCCGACGAUUUUCCGACACGAGAACCUGGGACCUGCAGUCACCAAAGCCGCCGCUGUUCAGCAAAGACGGGCCUCGUCGUCACCUUGCUCCUCAUGCUGUACAGAUGCUCUCAGAAGAUCCCAUUGCCCUCUCCUGGGCUCCCCAUGUCUUCGACGUGGAGAGCCUCGUUUUCCAGUCCCAAGACUGGCUGAAGACUAUCAUCGUCGCCUCCGCACUUUUCUGGUUUGCAUACCGCUCAUAUCAGGUGCUCUCGAAACCGGCCGAAGAACUCAUCGCUCUUUUAGGCUUGGAGGUCCCGGUCGCACCCAUCGUGUCCCUCGCGGGAAUCAGGUGUGAUGGCGUGCUCCUACACUGGAAGCCACCGGAGCAGCGCACAUCUGUACUCAAAUACGUUAUCCGUAUCAAUGGGAUUGAUAUUGGCGAUAUCUCUCCCCAGGAGACCUCCGUCACCAUUGAGAAUCUACAACCUGACCAUCAAUAUGUCAUGCGAAUCGUGACCGUCAACUCUGCUGCUUUUCAUGCUCCAAGUACCCCGAUUCGCGUCCGUACGCUUCCCUCUAGCACUGGCUUGUUCUAUGGCCCUGCUCCGAACAAGGACUCCGCCGAAGAGGCCGGCGAUGGCGAUUACACGCCCACUCCCAUCAUUCGACCGGCAAAGAUCCUGCAAGAAGUAGCUGCACCCGCUCAUACCCCUCCCGUCAUGACGAGAGAGCAUAGUAACAGUACAUCGCGUGUGCGUCGGGCCGAUGCAGGUCGACGCAACUCACCCGCAUCUCAGACUGUAGACCAAGCUCGAUCCGUUCUGGAAACGGACGACUCUACGGAGACUAUCAAACAAUUGACCGAAAAGCUGGAUGCCUUGCGGCGGGAUAUCGAAGAUGUCGAAAGGCAAAUACAGGACGAGGAGGACGAGUUUCGAGCACAAAAGGCUAGCUUGACCGAGAAGCGUGACGACAAGAAAGCCGCUCUCAAAGAGAAGGAAGAUACAAGCCAUGAGCUGCGCAAAAAGGUCGCGAGCUUGGAGAGGUCGAAUGCGUCGGCACAAGCACGACGUGCUCAACAAGAAAGAUUGCUCCGUCAAAAGGAAGCUGAUCGCCAGAAGCUCAAAGACGAUGUGGCGCGGUGGACGCGAGAGGCGGGAGAGCUACGGGCUGCAGCCGACAACAUUGAGAAAGAGCGUGCCAACGUUCAGGCUGAGGGAGAAGCGCGACUGCAAGCCUUGAGGGUAAAAUACGAAGAGGAGAUGCAGACCAACAAGAGUCUUGAAGAAGCCAUCCGGGAAAAGGGCACGCAAAUCAAGGCGCUCGAGAGAGAGAGGGAAAGACUUGAGGAGGCUGAACCUGGAGGUGAGGUGCAAGAGGGCGGUGAUAUUGCUGAUGGCGAAGAGGAUAGACAGUGGUUUGAGAAGUUUUCAGUUCUACAGCAGAGCUAUGCUCAAGCUUGGAAUCAGCUAUGUCAAGCUGAGCGGAUCCACAACGAGACAACGACUAGGUUGCAUUUCUUGCAGCAACGCCGUUUGAGCCAACCGCAGCCCUUCUCAACUACGCAGACUCAAGAGCCUCAUGGUCGGAAGAACAGCCAACGCUCACGACCCGUUAGCUUACGGGAGCCUUUCUCUUCUGCUGCACCGGGCGGGUUUGUGCACACUUCUGCUCCUCCCUUCAACAGCUCCGCUACGAGUAUCUCCCCGACGUUCCCCAACUCCGGAUUAUAUUUCAACAUCAAUAACGGCAUGACUUUACCUUCGCCUAACAGCCAGAACCUUGCCUUCUCCCAAGCGGAUCUCGAAAGUUUCUCAGCGGGAGCGCCCAUGAGCCCAACUGCGGGUGCGCUCUUGCCUUCCGGAUUGCUUGGUGACGAUUCCGGCUUGACUGAUGCCGAAGACGACGAGAGCGAUCAUGGCCCCCCUCAGCCAACAGACCCCUCGCCUCAUCUCCGCCAUGUGCUACCGGGGUUGGGGGCACCGGGAACCUUUGAAUAUGUGCAGAGUCCGAGCUCCCCCGUAUCAGUUCAGAGUCGCUCGCCAAGUCUGUUUGCGAGCCCUCGUGAGAGCGUUGGGCAGUUAGGGUAUUUUGCUUCGACCGACAACGUUGGCGAUAGUGAUCGGAGGUCAAUACGGUCAACGUCAAGCUCUUUCAAGAAUCUUCAGCCGACCACUCGCUUCGGUAGUCUGUUCAACAGGCAGCGGGGUAAGACAUUGUCGGAUCAAGGCCCGCCGCUAGGCUCUCUAAAGGCAUCUCAAAGCCAAUCUUUGCCUCGACAAGAGGCUGGGGAUCUUGGUCCAAUUGGGACCCAACGACGUCGCGGAAGUCACUCUGAAGGAGCAUGGUAUAAUUCUUUUCUGCGGAACUCUAAGACUCAGCCUCCCGAGGCAUCAAGCAGUCCUAAGCACGUGGCCACGCGAAAACGCCCUUUCAAUAUCUUUGGCUCGAAGAGUGGAGAGCCGUGGCCCUCUUCUUCGCUAGGCGCUGAAGAACGACCGACAUCUCCGCGACCGGGGUCUACCAAGUCGGGCGAAGUUAGCUUGCUUCCAAGACCAUCGACUGAAACUCACACGCGCUUCGGAUGGCCAGGUUCGUCGGAUGCCUUUGCUGGUCUCCGAAAUAGCCCACUCGGCGUUGACUGGAGUAUAAACAAUACGACAUCAUGGUCUAGAUUGGGCUCCAGGCGUCCGUCCCUUCAGCAAGGCUCUACUUUGAGUCUGGUCAAUGACGACCUUCUACAAGGCGGGAUACCCGACUUCUCCUCCACCACCAAGUCGCCAACACAAGCGCCUAUCGGAACGCGUCCUCAGUCCUCCACUUCUCAACUGCCUCAGACUGGGCCUAUCCCCCCAACGCCUCCAAAAGCACUCAACCCCGCAGCGCCAAACUUUAAGAGCAUAUUCACGCGAAGCGAGAAGUCGGAAGAAGACCGGGCGGAGAAGGCAAGAAAGGCUGCCGAAAAGGCGGCCGAGAAAGAGGCCAAGAAGGUCGAAAGGAAGGAAGAGAAGAAGGCCAAGGCUGAGAAGGCUGAAAAGACGAGCCGCAAGGACAAGCAGAAUGCACAGGAGCCAUCUAACAGUGAUUCCCCGACCCAUGUCUACUCGCUGGAUCCGCGGCGAUCACGGGAUACACGCUCCGUUUCCACCAUUGAUGUAUCUGAAGCUUCGCCCCGUGGAUCCCUAGAAAGGACUGUGUCCAUGACAUCUUCAGAAGCUCCCACUGGAAGAGAAACGUUUAUGCAGAAGCUUUCGCGUAAGAGCAGCUCCAGCCAGUUUCUGCAAUUUGGCAAGGGGAAGUCCUCCCUUUUCUCAAAGAAGUCCAAUGACGUCGCAGCCUCACAUGAGGUGGAAGAUGACGGAAUGCUCAACGUGGUGCGUAGCGGGGAAAGCAGCGCCGCCAACAGUCCGUCAAUUGGCACACCGAGAGACCGCAGCAGUGCGUUGAGCUGGAGCUCAAUCAAACGAAUGGGUAAGAGAGGGGAGAAGACGCCAAGCUUGCAUGAGAGCAUCGCGAGCGAGACCGCUGGCGAAGAGAGUGAGGACGCGAGGGAGAGCGUGAAAUAGGGGGUGUGCGAAUAUGUGUCAUUCAAUAGUGCUUGGAUCUGUGCAUCGUCAUCACGGGGCAAUGCCAAAAGGCUUGAAGGGCGUGGAGAAUCGUUUUGAUUCUUUGAUCUACAGCAUGGGAGGAAGUGCACAACUGCUGCUCUGAUGAUCAUAGACUGAGGGAGAAUACCUACUUAUCUCUUCUGGCCGGCCUGACAACUCUCCAGCCACCGUAUCCGAUUGAACCUUCCUACAGGCUUCAUCAGUAGCUUUCUUUAUACUCUCAUUG